AUAUAGCGGUUCUAUCGGUUUGUUCGCUUCCUAGUUCCAGACCAGUCUGCGGCGUUAUUUUUGGUCAUUCGUUCGACGGAAAUACCAGCGAAGGAUUUCUGAUCCGGAUUAAAUCCCUGUUUUCGGUGCAGUGGGAACACUAUAGUCCCUGUUUCGAGUGUGCUGUCGGAAGCGGUCUAAACUUGGCCGCAAGUCGGGAAAAGUGUCUUGUAGUGAGAAUUUUUUUUUUCGGAUUUUCGAUGGGUCGCCGGAAAUAGUUAGGCCGACCGUUUGCUCAAAGAAAACGAACGUGUCGUUCUGAGUUUGUAUUUAUUUCGAUACUUGAAUAAAUGUGAUCGACUACAGCAGAUUUUGACAUCGGAUCAGUUUCAAUCGCCGUCGUUAUUGUGACGUUAAUAGUAUUAAAAGAAGUAUCAGUCACCAAUACCAAUAGCACAUGAUACGUACAGAAAUCUACGAUGAGCCGAGCAGUGUGUGCACUUAAUUAAGUGAAUAAGCAAAUUUCGCAAAGUUUUCAAACCUGUGCAAGUGUCAUUCCCUUUAGAGGUCACUCCGAUCCACGACGGAACCGAUUCCCAGUCGGGAACCAGCGGUCCGAUCGCUUUGAUCUACUGUUGUGAAAGUAGGUGCAAAGAAAAGGUGUGAAAUAGUUCGAAUCGACCGUACAGCAAAAAAAAAAAUACGAAGAAUGAUUUUUUUCAUGAAAAAUGGAUAGGUUCAAUGACACGAGAGUGAGAAGCAAACACACAACCUAAGCCAGUGAAAAGAAAGAAAAAAGUAUACAAAUAUAAAUAUAUUGGUUAAUAUACACUCUCAUAUUCUUGAAUGGCUACACGUCGAAGUCACACCGAGAGCGGGAGUGCCAAGAAGAGCAGGAGUGACAGAGAGAACGCAAACGAUCGAGAACACAGUGCCAGUGGGGUGGGCUGCAGUGGUUAGGGGGCGGAACAGAGCACUCUAGUGAAAAGGGAGCUACUACCAGCAGCAAAAAUAACAACAACAACGGCUCUAGUGCUACCGCGAGUGGCCAAGAAGGGAAUGACAUACACUCAGCUAGAUUUUGGGAAACCUGCCACGGUCGUCGUCGUAGGGGCUUGUUCAGAACGCAAGUUUGCGUGUAAUAAAAAACCGCGUGUAUUCGGACUACUAACACUACCGCGACGGAUAAGUUUGGUUGAACAUUAAGGCGGUAAUUGGGGAAUCCGAAAUGUCAAUCUUUGGCGCGAAACUAUUUAAAUAAGUUUUUGAAAGAAAGUUUUGAAAAGUUCUAAAUCGUAUUUGCUUUGUUUCGUAAGGGCUUUUUCACGCUAUCCGAUCUGGUGUCUCAUAAAUGGAAUGAUUCUUCUGAAAGCUAGAUUUGGCAAUACGUAGUGUACAGUUCAGUGCCUUCUGGUCCGGUCGACCGGAAGUGGCUGCCACCAUAACUCAUGAAUGGUAAUAACGGUGGAGAAGAUACCUCGCAGUUUUCGGUGCUAGCAGGGUUUAUGUCAUACAUCGUGGUUUACCGUGCUGUAAGAAAUAAAACCCACAAAAGCUGUGACUAGGAGCGUUCCUUGAACCCCCAAACGUCACAGUGUUGAUCGGAAGCUAUACGCAAGGAUGAGUUAUGGUGGCGGCAUUCAACGUAGUUGCCGAAAUUGUGAAGAAACGUCAGCGAUCAGUCGUUGUUUGUGUCUGCGUGUGUUUGCCUCUGCUGAAUUUUUACAGGAAUUUUACGCACUCAUAGGAUACAAAGGAUCUUACCCACUCAAAUUUUUACAAUAAUCGCGAAGAAAUUUUAUGAAAUUUGAUAAAAAAAAGUGAAAAACUGAAGUGUACCGCAGAAGCGUGAAAAGCGAAAAAUGUGAAAAGGAAAAUCAAGGUUAGUCGUAAACCGAAAAUCAGUAUAGUGCAACAGUGAAUACAUACACAAGAUAAUAGCAGCUGCUAGAGCUGACGAGAAAAACGGUUGGCCAACAUUGGCUUAACCAACUGCUUCCUCAACAAAGCCCAAAACGGGAGCCUUCUGCGUAGGAACUACGGUUUCAUUGAUUCGAUAACAACUGAUUUCUCCGCCAGUGCUUAUAACCAGUUCAUGCAUAUGCAAAUUCGAAAUUGAAUGGAUUUGUUCAAAUAUUUAUUCAAUAUUUAAAACAACGAAACUGUGAGCUGUACAAAUAUAUACAAGAAAAUAGGCAACCAGUUGAAAUAACAAAUCGUUCCUGUCGAAAAAAAAACCAAGCUCAAUAGUUCACCGGUAAGGUCAAACAGCGUACGGCUCAGAGAGAAAGAUAUUAAAAAAAUCCAAUCCAACGCGGAGCUCUUUCAUGCCGGCAAAGUUUAAUUAAAAACAAAAUUUACAUAAAUUCGCAGGAAUCCGGCUUAAAGAAGUGAAAGGAAAGAUUAAAACUUUAACGCUCCAGAGAGUGGAAUAAUCUGUAAUAUACCAAAAUCGAAAAACUGUUAUCGUAGAGUUAAAGUGAAUUUUACCUCAUGUACUUAUAAAACGUACCGAGAGUGUAGAAAAACUGAGAAAAGACAACACCAUUGCAGUCUGUAGAACGUUGCUGCAAAAUCAUCGUGUAAACAGUAAAACACCGUUCGGCAAACAGGAUCAAAAGGUGCAACGCGAACCAAGCAUUACUCUUUCAUCGCAUCCGAAACAUUCCGGUUCCGUCAACAGCAUUCAUCCGCCGGUCAACAUAACAGGAUUAGUGAAGAUGACUGCUGAAUGCAUUGAGGAUUUGUAUCCCACUUAAUCCCACGCUACGAAGGCGUCCCACCCUUCUGUCGGAUUGUUUCACGGAACAGAAAAGACGAAUAGCGUGGUUUCCGUUUGUUAAUUGUUUGGUAGUUCCAAAGAUUAAAAUCUUCAUAGUGUGUGCGUGCGCGCGCGAAAGGGUGGCAACUGAGUGAGUGCGCCUGAGUGAAAGUGACCGCAAAGCAUGGAUAGUGAAUUCACCGAUUUCUUCAACCAAACCUGGAACAGUAAAUUUCGAGCUGGACUCGCUGGCGAUGGAGGUGCCGGUAGCAAUGGUGGCGGCAGUGGCCCUGGGACAGGACCCGGAAGUGGACAUGGUUUGUUUGGAGCAGCUUCCGCAGCAGCAAUGGCUUCUGCUCCAAAGCUUUCUUCGAGACUAACUCAAACGCAACAACAGCAGCAGCAGCAACAACAACAACAGCAAAUGUCUGCUGGUUGCAAUUCUUCCGGAGGAACUUGUACAAACAACAGUUCUCUCCGGAAUGACAACCUGCUUUCCGAUACCCGCCUUUUUCUGAACGAAAUUGCCAAUAGCCAUAAAAACCAGCAACAACUCCAACAGCAACAUAAUCAAAACAAUAGAAACCUAUUUACAACGGGCAUUGCAGCUGCCGCAACGACUGAAUUACGUGAUACAAAUUUAGGGCCUUUAAGAAAUACCAGUAGCAGUAGUAGUACCAACCCUAGCAGUAACAGCAUCAAUACCAGUAGUAAUAGUGUCCAUAAUAGUCAUAGUUUUACUCGUGAUACCAGAGAGUUUCCCAAGCUCAGCCAUCGACUAAUGCAACCAUUGAACGAUGCUAGCACUUCCGGUGGCCCGGCCGGCACCGGAGCGAACUCCGCAAGUAACGGCAGUUCCAGCACCGGCCGACAUUCAGGGAUACUGAAUCAGCAAGAUUUCAAUGCGUUCUGUUCGUCACUGUCGGCUGCUGCGGCGGCCGCUUCGGCGGCAACCACCAGCGAUCUGGCCGACAGUACAACGCCGCCACCUUCGUCGGUGGUCGGCUCCGGCAGCGGCUCGUCAACGCUCAACACUAACAAUCUGCUAGCGGCGGCUGCAGCUGCCGCGGCCGCAGCUGGUGCCGAGCUGGGCGGGACAGCGAGCGAUUUGCUCGGCCUGGGCGGCCAUCCGCAUGAGAAGAAACCGCCGAAUUCAAUUCGAGCGCAAAUCGAGAUCAUACCCUGCAAAGUAUGCGGCGACAAAUCGUCUGGAGUCCAUUACGGCGUGAUAACGUGCGAAGGUUGCAAAGGAUUUUUUCGUCGCUCCCAGAGCUCAGUGGUCAACUAUCAGUGCCCCCGGAACAAGCAGUGCGUCGUUGAUCGAGUCAACCGGAAUCGGUGUCAGUACUGUCGACUGCAAAAGUGCCUAAAGCUUGGAAUGAGCCGCGACGCGGUAAAAUUUGGUCGAAUGUCGAAGAAACAACGGGAAAAGGUAGAAGACGAGGUACGGUUUCAUCGAGCUCAGAUGCGUGCCCAGAGUGAUGCGGCACCCGACAGUUCUGUGUUUGACACCCAAACGCCCUCGAGUAGUGACCAGCUGCACCACGGCUACAAUGGAUAUGCGUACAACAACGAGGUUGGUUACGGCAGUCCCUACGGCUACUCGACAUCGGUCACCCCGCAGCAAACGAUGGGCUACGACAUCUCAGCGGAUUACGUGGAUAGUACAACAACUUAUGAACCUAGAAGUACGAUAAUAGACCCAGAUUUCAUAAGUGGACACAACAAAGACAGCUCACCAAACCAUCGAGCAAUAACGCUGAACGACAUUCGUUUAGCGCGAGUUCAACAGACUGCAACGGCUACCGCUAACAGUAGUGCCGGCGGAGGCGGAGGUUCACAAUCGCAGCAACAGCAGCAGCAGCAGGGUCAACAACAACAGCAGCAAUUGCCCCAGCAACAACAAAACCCCAACCAGCAAACAGCAAUAAGCACUCUCUCUAAUCAAACCUCCGGCAACAAUAACAAUAACAGCACACAUAGUACAAUAAUCACCAUCAAGCAGGAGCAACUCACGAACGUGGACAGCAUCGUUGGAAGUUUCGUGGAUUCUACAACCUUCCUGCCAUCGCCCAACAGUCAACAGCAGAUGGUAAACCCGAACCUGGUGCAUACCAGUGGUGCUAACGGACCCGGGAUGCCUCAAACCGUGGUUUCCGGUUCAGAAGUCACAGGUAACAGCAUAAGGCGUAGCGAUUGCUGCCAGCAGAAUCCAGUGUCUACUGUCGGAAACGGUACCGGUGCCGGUGUGGCCGAUGGUAUUGGGUUACCUCAGUCACAUCUCCCUAGCCAGAAUACACCGGUUUCUUUCGGCGAAGACGAUAGCUCCUGCGAUUCGCACUCGAAAUGGGCUGAAGGUGACAUCAAUGACGUGUUGAUAAAGACCCUGGCGGAAGCGCAUGCGAAUACCAACCACAAGCUGGAAAUAGUGCAUGAAAUGUUCCGAAAGCCACAGGACGUCACCCGCAUUCUGUACUACAAGAACAUGAGCCAAGAAGAGUUGUGGCUGGACUGUGCGGAGAAACUAACGGCCAUGAUUCAACAGAUCAUCGAGUUCGCCAAACUGAUACCGGGUUUCAUGCGGCUAAGUCAAGAUGAUCAGAUUCUCCUGCUGAAAACUGGCUCAUUCGAACUGGCGAUCGUGCGCAUGUCUCGACUGAUGGAUCUCUCAACCAACUCCGUGCUGUACGGUGACAUCAUGCUACCGCAGGAAGUGUUCUACACGUCCGACUCGUUCGAGAUGAAACUGGUGGCGUGCAUAUUUGAGACUGCGAAGAGUAUCGCCGAGCUGAAGCUGACAGAGACGGAGCUGGCACUGUACCAGAGUCUUGUCCUACUGUGGCCUGAGCGAAACGGUGUACGGGGUAAUACGGAAAUUCAGCGAUUGUUCGAAAUGAGCAUGUCCGCCAUACGGCAGGAGAUCGAGGCGAACCACGCACCACUCAAGGGUGAUGUGACAGUGCUGGAGAUCCUGCUGAAUAAAAUCCCUACCUUCCGUGAGCUCUCCAUCAUGCAUAUGGAAGCGCUACAAAAGUUUAAGCAAAAUCACCCGCAGUAUGUGUUCCCCGCGCUGUACAAGGAGCUCUUCUCGAUCGACUCGCAGCAGGACCUAAUGACAUAACAGGAUCACCAGCAGCAACCGCAGUCACAGCCACUUCCGGAACAGAACUCGGAUCACAUUACACUACCCGCAGCAUCCGUCACCGAAUUUCCUCAACCCCAUCAGGACCUUCAACAUCAUCUAAUGCAACAACAGCAGCAACAACAACGAGAAGAGCAGUACUUGCUGAGGAACGCACCGGAGGAAAUGGAAAGUGACGGCAGUGACAAGCCGACCGAUGCACCCCCAGCAGCAGCAGUUAAUGAAAAUAACACCUUUAUCAUCAUCAUCCAGCAGGACGGCGAAGUAAUCACCCAAACCAAGUAGAAGACACAAAAACGCCUAUCGAUAGGCAAUGUUUGCGCAGCUGUUUCUGUUUUACUCAGAGCUGCACUAACUUCGUUUAGCGUGUGUCUGCGAUCCGAGCAAGCGUGUGCCACUUUUCUGUGAGCAACGGGGAAAAGUGCACAACACGCAGACUAUUGAACACGGUUACACUGAAGGAAAAAAAAAUGAACACUAGUUGUGUUGUUUGGAUACUUUAUCACUUAUAACACCCCUCUCGCUCAUACGAAGGCAUGGCAUACUUUUCGGAAGUUUUGCGCGAUUGCUAGUUAAGAAAGUAAGUGAAACGUUAGAGAAUAAACAAACAAGAAAACAGAGAGCGAUAGUAAUUGUUGAUGUAAAUGAAUUUAAUGAUUGUUAUAUUAUUUUAAAAGUUUUAAUUUAUAUCUCUUUUUGUUUGUCUCUGGUCUUCAUUAAAGAUUUUUGCUUUAUUUUAAACAGUAAAAGAAAAGAACAGAAUGAUGUAACAUUUAGAAGAGUUUAUAUAUACUAGUGUGUUAAGUUUACUUUUACCGUAUGAAUCGCAAAUGUAGGACACACAUACACGAAUACACUGUAACGCUUGUUUUGUCAUCAGUGACGGUUGCUUGAACACAUCCAGCUGCCUUUCUGUACAUUUUUCAGUAGCAGUGGCAAAAGGAUUUUCCCACCCUCUUGAUUUGUUUUUUGUUGAAAUGUUUUUAUCUGUUUUGAUUUUCAAAUAUUUUUUCUUCAAUCGCGGCGAACGUACAAAAUUUGUUUCAUUUUCAAGCUCCCCAUAAGGGACCGAUACUAGAGUAAAAAUACACUUCAAUCCUUGGUUUCCCGUAGGAGUACUAAUGUUUUGAAGAGAAAAUGAUAUAAAAUGCAAAAAUUGAAUCUCUCUCUAAAACGUCUUUAGGUAAGUAAAUUUUCCAUUUUUGUUGGAAAGUAAAAAAUACACAAAAAAUAUCGUGGAAAUGUGCAAGCGCAAAUUAAGAGACGAAACAAACAUUUUUUAUAUGUUUUCUGUUUUUUAGUAAGUUGUGGUAACUUUUGUAUUUUGCUUAUGAUUUUUUCUCUUACCGGUAUAAAUCCAGUACAUGAUUGCUUACAACAACAAAAAUAAUAGUGGAAAAGGUAAUAUAACAAAAUUUAAACCAAAACCUACGUAUGAAAGGGUUCAAAACAGUAUUAGCAAAGAAGUAACAAAAAUGAACGAAACGAAAAGGUUCAGGACUCGAACACUCUGACUCCGAUAGUUUGGAAGUAUUUUUUGGAUGAUGGAAAGAUUCAAUAUUCUUAGCAUUAUACUUCAUUCGCUGAACAAAAGAAAAUCAAAACUUCAAUUCAGAAUUACCAGCACCAGUUUAUAAGAAACCCAGUUUGAUUUAGCAAUUUGCCUGUUAAUUACGUGUUUCAUUUUUCGAGCAAGACUUUCUGAAUUUUGAAACUUUGUUCUUAUGUUUGAGUCACAGUCGUCUUUCCUUCCUGAUAGUGUUUAACAUAGCCCGAUACCAUUAGCAAUGAAUCAAAAGCUAGUUCCCAUCCAAAUGAAAUAGCAACCAAAAUCUCUCUUUUUCUCUCUCUAUCUUUUUCUCUUCAGACGUAAACAAAAUCCCUGAGUCAUUUGAACAAACAAAAAAAUAAUCAGACAACCUGAUAAUUAUUAGGAAUGCCCCUCCAUAUAAAUUUGUAAGAGAAAUGGAAACAAAACCGUACUGAAAUUAGAGUUAGGUUCUUUUUCUAAAUUUUUGAGAAAAAAAAAACAAAUAUGCACAUAUACCUAACAUUUCAAUAAUUAUAAUUGUUAGAAGAGAAAAUCCAAUUCAGAUCAGCAAACCGAGGAGAAACGCGCGCACUGAUUUACUACUAGGAAACGGAAAGGUGUUUUUGUUCUUAAGUUAAUAGCAAAGACUUGUAUAGUGAAGCGAACGGUUUAGUUUGAAUAACAGAAAAGAGAGUAAAUCGCACACUUCCAUACCCGUUGAUGCGUGACGAAAAUAAGAAGAAGAAAACAAACUAAGACAAGUGAUUUACCUGUCAAGUUAUAUCACCAAACCCGGCGGAAGUGGAUCGCGGAAUGCGCAGACACGGAAAAGUUACACAGUCUGCAGUAGACCUUACUGCGGCUUAGAAAAUGAGAACUUAUAAAUGUAUGGGUGCUUCUAUAUAUAUAAAAGAAUGAUAAAAUUAUAUAUAUUUAAACAAAAGUAUAAACUAAAACAAUUACAAAAGAAAGGUUUAAAUAAACAAAUUACACACAUGCAGACGAAGAGAAAAUCAUAUGCGGAAACAGUUAAAAAUCACAGAAGACGAAAAAAAAUACACACACAUGUUGAAACGUAAAUCGAAUAUAUAUUAUCGCGGGAGAUGAGCCAGCAAUUGGGCGGACUGGACACAAACACAAAACACUGACUGUAACAUUUUCGCAUCAAAUUCGACUGCCACGAGCCUAGCUGCUGGUCUGUCCCCGUUUUCUUUUCAUGAAUGUAAGAAUUAAUUGCCUUAAAUGAUAUAUAUUACAUAAUAUACAAUAUAAAAUUAUAUUUAAAAAUGCAAACGUAAAGAAACAACCACAACAAUUAUUGGAAAAACAAUGACGAUUAAGCGAGAGGAAAGCUAUUUUUCUCUCUCAAGAACACACACACAGACACAGGCAGUGAUGAAAAAGAAGCAAAAGAGAGAAUAAAACACGUAGAAAUAAUUGAUUUUUUUUCUAAUCACAAAUUCAAAGGAGUAAAUUUGUCAUUAUGAUACAGUAAGAAUAGUUAUCUAAAUUCUAUACAUAAAUAUAACACAAUAAUUUUAAGCUGAUGAACAUAACUGAGAGGACAAGAAGGAAAAUCUAAUAUAAUUUAAAUUAAUUUAAACUUCGGAUUCUGAUGCAGAAGUUAUAAAUAGUUAAAUCGAGGAUCAACGCAAGCCUCGUAUGAAUUUCAUGGAACGCAAAGAAGCAAAUCUUAAGGAAACAAACAAAAAUACAGCAACCUAGAAAAAAAAAAUAGCGAAAUUCGGGUAGGUUUUAAGUUUCACUGAAUAUUAUAAUCUAUUAUACAUAAUAAUUAUUAUGAUCGAUUAAUAAACUGAUUAAUCCUUAUUAUUGUUGUUUUUUCUAUUUUUUGCUCUUUUUCUACAAAGGAUAGACUUUUAUUGUAGUUGUAUAUCUUUUUACUAAGGAUAACACUAGCUAAUUAUAAAAGCACUAUUAUACACAUACGAGUACAUAAAUCUUUUUUGGAUUCAUUAAAGUACUAAGUAGGUAAACUGAUAAGCAUAAUACUGUUGAAUAAAUUAGUUGAGAAGUGAAUCGACUUUUGUUCUGUUUUGUUUUGUUCUUUACUUACACUAGUAAAAUUGACAGAACUAAUCCAAUGGAGCAGUUACUUCAGUAGAAUUCGGUUCUAUCGAAAUUAGUGAAAAUUUAAAUGUAUUAUUAAACAACAACCAAACCAAGCGCGCUAAAAUACCAACCAACUGAACUAUUCAUCUCGCUGAAUUAAGUUUCAAUAAGUUGUUGGUUGUUGCAUCGAUCAAGAUAACCCAUGGUAUACGGUAAUAAAAAACAGUUUUCAGUCGCGAAAGGGUGGAAAAAAGAUCCGUGGAUGAAGUCCUACUAUGUUUAAGAAUCUUUCAUCGUACUUUGUAUGUACCAAUCACUCCGACUUGUAACGAACGAUAAGAUUGUAAUCCUAAAAACGCACAAAUGUUUACCAAUCGGAAUUAAGCUUUCACAUACGAAAAUCACCCAAAUAUUAUCUACCUAACUUUUCUUAAAAUCUUGAUUGUACUCUUUCGCCCAUUAAGUUGAACGGUAUUUGCGAAGAGCAAUGCAAUGAAAUGAUAAAAAUUUGAUCAUUGUGUUUAAGUUGUCACGCGCAUCGGUGGUAAAGGAAUAAAACAAUCUUCUAUUUAUUUCUCUGUCUUUCGAUAAUCCCUCUAACUCACUCAUAUACCGCGAUAAAGUAAUCCGUAAAAUUCUAAUUCUAAUAGAACACAGACUAAUGCAUUUAAAACGCAAGCAAACAUUGUUUUGCCAUUUUGAAACAUUGAUUAUGAAAAGCGAAAAAUCUUGUUUCAGUAAAUACAAAACAAAGGACAGAAAAUAACACAUGUUGAUACUCCUUUUAUUACCAAGACACAAAAAAGACUAACAAAAGUAACAAAAGAAAACAUAAAACAACUUGGCAAAAACAACUUUUAUUAAAACUAUUGGAAGUAAACAAGCUGCCCUAAAACCGUACUGACAGUAAGUAUGUCCGUUUGGUUCCAACUGACGCAAGCUAACCGUAAAGAGAUCGAUGCAAUUGCAACAUAAGAAAAGGCAUGAGAAAUAUCUAUACGCAAGAAAAAACAUGAUACAAGAUCUGAAAGCAAAGCAAAAGAAAAGUACUAUGUCGACUAACAGCAAAAGAAAACAAAAACCCAACAAAUAUAAUCAUUCAGAGAUGAAAACGAGAAAUAUAGAAAAAAAAAUGGUACGUCUUUAUUAGUGAAA